AUGUCCUCCCCCGCCCCCAAACGCAAAUUCGCGCUCUUCGCGCCAUACAUCGCUACCCCCGCCGCAGCCGCCUUACGCGCCAAACACGGCCGCGCCCACCUCGCAGCCUUGGCCCCACUCAUCCAGCGCGGGAUCAUCAGCAGCACGGUCGGUGGCCCGUUUUACGCCGACUCUGGCGCGGGUGAGACUGCGGACGGGAAAGACAAGGACCGCGCGUUUGGAGGGUCGUUCUUCGUGAUGGAGGCGGGGAGCUAUCGGGAGGCGCUGGAGAUUGUGAAGCAGGACCCGUAUUAUAAGGAGGCACUGUGGGACAUCCCCAACAUCCGUCUGGUCGAAUACCGCACCCCGCCCAAGCCAGCGAAGCUUUGA